AGUAUCCAGUUAGAAGAAGCAAAUCUGGGAACGGAAGAAUAUCGAAAAAAAGAAUGUUUCCAAUGAUGGACUUCCUUAUUACCACUGCUUGAUCUCUAAUAGACAAUACCAAGGAAUACUUUUCUUCCUGGACAGAAUGUUGGCAAUCCCAAUGAAUGAAGCUUUUUGUUUCCUUUGGAUUGCCUGUGUUUUCACUUCUGCACUGGGUCGGCAAGGAACAGAAAGCUUUCAGUGUGACAAUGGAGUCUUCUUGCCUCCUGACUGUGUUUGUGACUUCACAGAUCAGUGUGGGGACAACAGUGAUGAACAGCACUGCUCGAAUUAUGAAAGAUGUGAUUUUGAGGAUGGGCUCUGUAGUAUGGCUCAAAAUCAGAGUCUGCAACCUAGCUGGACAAAGAGAAAUGGGAUGACCGGCCUGUCACUUCCAUUUUAUGAUCACAAUGGUGAUAAGUCUGCUCACUUUCUCUCACUGGUUUCCAGAGUGGAUUUUAUUUCCUCAAGUUUAAGAAGCAGAGUUUUCCUUCCUACACAUGAUCAAUAUGACUGCCAGAUUACAUUUUAUUACUUCUCCAGCCAAGAGAGUGGCAAAUUAAUGGUUGGAAUUCAAACUGCUUGUGAAGGUCGUAUUCAGCAUUUAUGGCAAAACACAGCUGCACUCUCAAAUCAGUGGGAGAGAAAUGUCAUCAAAAUCCAGAGUUCACAGAGAUUUCAGGUUGUUUUUCAAGGUCAAAUGGCUUCAACUGAUGAACAGGAUAGAGUCAUGGCUAUUGAUGAUAUAUCUUUCAGUUCAGGCUGUUUGCCUGCCAAUGAUGGAAUUUUACCAUGUCAAGAAGCAUUGAAUGCUGAGCAGGAACUUUGCCAUCCAGAUACAGACCUCUGCAGAUUUGAUGCUACAUAUGAAGGAUUGAGAUCAUGUCAGGCCUGUGGGUUUGAAUUUGACAUGUGUGAGUGGAUGUCAGAAGCAUCUGCUGCCCACAUUUCCUGGAUGCGCACAAAAGCAAGAGAGGUCCCUGCAUUAGAAUCCACACCUCAGCAGGAUCAAAGAGGUUAUUAUAUAUGGGUAGGGGCAAAGCAUGCUUUUACUGUUAACCAGUUAGACAGCAGGGCUUACCUAAAUAGCUCUGUGUAUCAUUGCUUGGGCAAGAGCUGUCAUCUUCAAUUCUAUUAUUCUAUGGAAAACAGUGUCCUGAGAGUAAGGCUGUAUAAUAAUAAGGAAGAAGAAAUAUUUUGGACAUAUAACACAUCAACUCACAGCCAAUGGGUGAAAGCAGAUGUGUUAAUACCAGAAGGUCUGAAGACAUUUAAGAUUAUUUUUGAAGGGACUCUUUUGAGCCAGAGAAGUUUUAUUGGGCUUGAUCAUCUCUGGGUCUAUGCCUGUGGACAGACCCAAUCCAGAAAGCUUUGCGCUGCAGAGGAAUUCCCUUGCACCAGUGGCCAGUGCAUCGCCAAUGAAUCCAUCUGUGACUCUCGGCAGGACUGCUCUGAUGGAAGUGAUGAAGAGCCGGCAACUUGCUUAAAGCAUCUCACCUGUGACUUUGAGUCUGAUUUCUGUGGCUGGGAGCCAUUUCUCACAGAAGAUUCACACUGGAAGCUGGUGAAAGGAUUGAAUAAUGGAGAGUACCACUUUCCCGCAGCUGAUCACACAGCAAACAUAAAUCAUGGAUCUUUUAUUUAUUUGGAGGCACAGCAAACCCCUGGGGUGGCUAAGCUUGGAAGUCCUGUUCUUACAAAAUUGCUCACUGCUUCUACUCCAUGUCAGGUGCAGUUUUGGUAUCAUUUGUCUCAACAUUCAUAUCUCUCGGUUUUUACAAGAACAUCUCUAGAUGGAAACUUGCAAAUGCAAGGCAAAACAAUCAGAUCUUCUGAAUCUCGGUGGAGCCAUGCAAAAAUUGAUCUCAUUGCAAAAGCAGAAGACUCGACUCUACCUUUUCAGUUAAUUUUGGAAGCUACUGUUUUGUCAACAAAUGCUACCGUCGCUCUAGAUGACAUCAGUGUAUCCCAGGAAUGUGAAAUUUCCUAUAAGUCACUUCCAGGGACCCAUAUCCAAAGCAAAGUUUCCAAGUGUGAUUUUGAAGCAAACAGCUGUGGUUGGUUUGAAGCAAUUAGUGGUGACCAUUUUGAUUGGGUACGGAGCUCUCAGAGUGAACUUUCUGCUGAUUUUGAGCACCAGGCUCCACCUCGGGAUCAUAGUCUCAACACAUCUCAAGGGCAUUUUAUGUUCAUUCUGAAGGAAAGCAGCAGCUUGUGGCAAGUUGCUAGGCUCCAGAGCCCAACUUUCAGCCAGACAGGACCUGGAUGCAUACUUUCCUUCUGGUUCUAUAACUAUGGCCUGUCAGUGGGAGCAGCUGAGCUGCGACUACAUAUGGAAAAAUCUCAUGACUCAACAGUGCUUUGGAGAGUAUUAUACAAUCAGGGCAACCAAUGGUCGGAGGCAAUCAUUCAGCUAGGGCGCCUUUCUCAGCCCUUCCACUUGUCACUAGAUAAAGUCAGUCUGGGCAUUUAUGAUGGGGUCUCAGCUAUUGAUGACAUCCGAUUUGAAAAUUGUACUCUCCCCCUUCCUGCUGAGAGCUGUGAAGGGCCGGAUCAUUUCUGGUGUCACCACACCAGGGCUUGCAUAGAAAAGCUUCAGUUAUGUGAUCUGGUGGAUGACUGUGGUGAUCGUACUGAUGAAGUCAACUGUGCACCUGAGCUGCAGUGUAACUUUGAAAAUGGAAUCUGUAACUGGGAACAAGAUACAAAGGAUGACUUCAAUUGGACCAGGAACCAAGGUCCAACGUCAACACUUAACACAGGGCCAAUGAAAGAUAAUACUCUGGGCACAGCUAAAGGACAUUAUCUCUACAUAGAAUCUUCAGAGCCACAGGCUUUUCAAGACAGUGCUGCCUUACUCAGCCCAAUCCUUCAUGCCACUGAUACAAAAGGCUGCACUUUCCGCUUCUAUUACCACAUGUUUGGAAAGCACAUUUAUAGGUUGGCGAUCUACCAGCGAAUCUGGAGUGACACAAAAGGACAGCUGUUGUGGCAGAUAUUUGGGAAUCAAGGCAACAGAUGGAUAAGGAAACACCUCAACGUUUCCAGCAGGCAGCCCUUUCAGAUAUUGGUGGAGGCUUCAGUGGGAGAUGGCUUCACUGGAGAUAUUGCGAUUGAUGAUCUGUCAUUCAUGGACUGCACCCUCUACCCUGGUAAUUUGCCAGUGGACCUCCCAACUCCACCAGAAACUUCAGUUCCUGUAACAUUACCUCCACACAACUGCACAGACGAUGAAUUUGUCUGCAGGUCUGACGGUCACUGCAUUGAAAAAAUGCAGAAGUGUGAUUUUAAAUAUGACUGCCCUGACAAAUCAGAUGAAGCAUCCUGUGUUAUGGAAGUUUGCAGCUUUGAGAAAGGAAGCCUGUGUAAAUGGUAUCAACCAAUCGCAAUACAUUUACUUCAAGAUUCAAACACAUUCAGGUGGGGACUUGGGAAUGGGAUUAGCAUUCAUCAUGGGGAAGAAAACCACAGGCCAUCGGUGGAUCAUACAAAAAAUACCACAGAUGGCUGGUACUUGUAUGCUGACAGUUCUAAUGGGAAAUUUGGUGACACGGCUGACAUUCUCACUCCUGUCAUUUCACUCACGGGACCAAAAUGUACCUUGGUGUUCUGGACACAUAUGAAUGGGGCCACCGUUGGUUCUCUGCAGGUACUCAUCAAGAAAGACAACAUUACUUCUAAAUUGUGGGCUCAAACCGGACAGCAAGGUGCACAGUGGAAGAGGGUAGAAGUGUUUUUAGGCAUUCAGUCACAUACACAGAUUGUCUUCAGGGCCAAACGUGGUAUCAGUUACAUAGGAGAUGUAGCAGUGGAUGAUAUUUCCUUCCAAGAUUGUUCCCCUUUGCUUAGCCCAGAGAGAAAGUGUACUGCUCAUGAAUUCAUGUGUGCUAAUAAGCACUGCAUCGCAAAAGACAAGCUGUGUGAUUUUGUGAAUGAUUGUGCAGAUAAUUCAGAUGAGACUACUUUCAUUUGCCGUACCUCCAGUGGGCGCUGUGAUUUCGAAUUUGAUCUUUGCUCCUGGGAGCAGGAGAAAGAUGAGGACUUUUACUGGAAUCUGAAAGCUAGCAGCAUCCCCGUAGCAGGCACAGAGCCAGCAGCAGAUCACACCUUGGGAAAUUCAUCUGGUCAUUACAUCUUUAUACAGAGUUUAUUCUCUCAGCAGCCCAUGAAAGCAGCCAGAAUUUCAAGCCCCGUUAUAAGCAAGAGAAGCAAAAACUGCAAGAUUAUUUUUCAUUAUCACAUGUAUGGAAAUGGCAUUGAGGCACUCACCUUAAUGCAGGUGUCAGUCACAAACCAAAUGAAGGUUUUAUUUAACCUCACUGUAGAACAAGGCAAUUUCUGGCAGAGGGAAGAAUUGUCGCUGUUUGGUGAUGAAGACUUCCAACUCAAAUUCGAAGGUAGAAUUGGAAAAGGUCAGCGUGGCGACAUUGCACUUGAUGACAUUGUACUUACGAGGAAUUGUCUGUCACUCCAUGAAUCCAUGCAAGAAGAACUAGCAUUGCCUCUUCCAACAGAUUUCUGUCCACUUGGCUAUUGGGAAUGUCAGAGUGGCAAAUGCUAUAGACUGGAAGAAAGAUGUAACUUCAUAGAUGACUGUGGAGAUAAUACUGAUGAAAAUGAGUGUGGCAGCUCCUGUACUUUUGAAAAAGGCUGGUGUGGCUGGAAAAACUCCCUGGCUGACAACUUUGACUGGGUUUUAGGGGUUGGCUCCCAUCAAAGCUUAAGACCUCCCAAAGACCACACACUUGGAAAUGAAAAUGGGCACUUUGUGUAUCUGGAGGCUACUCCAGUGGGCCUUCGGGGUGACAAAGCACACUUCAGGAGUGCCAUGUGGCGAGAAUCCAGUGCAGCCUGCACCAUGAGCUUCUGGUAUUUCAUAUCUACAAAGGCCACAGGGUCCAUUCAGGUUCUCAUCAAGACAGAGAAAGGACUAUCAAAAGUAUGGGAAGAAAGUAAGCAGAACUCUGGUUAUCAUUGGCAAAAGGCUGAUAUCCUCCUAGGAAAAUUAAGGAAUUUUGAAGUCAUAUUUCAAGGUAUCAGAACAAGGGAUCUAGGAGGAGGAGCUGCGAUUGAUGAUAUUGAAUUUAAAAACUGCACAACUGUGGGAGAGAUCUCUGAGGUUUGUCUGGAAACCACUGAUUUUUUGUGCCGGGACAAGAAGUGUAUUGCAUCCCACCUUGUUUGUGACUAUAAACCAGACUGCUCUGAUAGGUCUGAUGAGGCUCACUGUGCACUGUAUACAAGCACAACAGGAAGCUGCAAUUUUGAAACAAGUCCAGGAAACUGGACCACAGCCUGCAGUCUUACUCAAGACUCUGAGGAUGACUUGGACUGGGCCAUUGGCAGCAGUAUUCCUGCCAAAGCAUUGAUUCCAGACUCUGAUCACACACCAGGUAGUGGUCAGCACUUCCUGUACGUCAACUCAUCGGGCUCCAAGAAAGGAUCCAUUGCCAGAAUUACUACCUCCAAAUACUUCCCAGCAAGCCUCGGAAUGUGUACUGUUCGGUUCUGGUUCUACACGAUCGAUCCCAGGAGUAUGGGAGUAUUAAAGGUGUAUACCAUUGAAGAAUCAGGGCUAAACAUCCUGGUGUGGUCAGUGAUUGGAAAUGAGAGAGUGGGAUGGACAUAUGCAUAUGCACCUCUCUCCAGUAACAGUCCCUUUAAGGUGGCAUUUGAAGCUGAUUUGGAUGGAAAUGAGGACAUAUUUAUUGCUCUUGAUGACAUCUCUUUUACCCCAGAGUGUGUGACUGGAGGUCCUGUCACAGUGCAGCCAUCACCCUGUGAAGCCGAUCAGUUUUCUUGUAUCUACACACUCCACUGUGUCCCUCUCUCAGGGAAAUGUGAUGGACAUGAAGACUGCAUAGAUGGAUCUGAUGAAAUGGAUUGUCCACUCAGCCCCACCCCUCCACUCUGUAGUAACAUGGAGUUCCUGUGCUCUACAGACGAAUGUAUCCCUUCCCUCCUGCUAUGCGAUGGGGUGCCUGACUGCCACUUUAAUGAAGAUGAACUCGUCUGCUCCAACAAGAGCUGUUCUAAUGGAGCUCUGGUCUGUGCCUCCUCUAACAGCUGUAUCCCAGCCCACCAGCGCUGUGAUGGUUUUGCCAACUGCAUGGAUUUUCAGCUCGAUGAGUCCAGCUGCUCAGAAUGUCCAUUAAAUUACUGCAGAAAUGGUGGGAUUUGUGUAGUGGAGAAGAAUGGUCCUAUGUGUCGAUGUGGACAAGGAUGGAAAGGAAAUAGAUGCCAUGUCAAGUUUAAUCCCCCUACAGACUUCACGUACUCUCAGAACAAUAUAUGGACUCUCCUGGGUAUUGGAUUAGCAUUCCUGAUGACUCAUAUCAUAGUUGCGAUCUUGUGUUUUCUUGCAAACAGAAAAGUGCCAGUAAGGUAA